UGUUGACAUUUUGUGGUGCAAUACACGGGUUUACAACCUGUGUAUAUAAGCAACAGUCGUGGCUUGUCAGCAUAAACAUGCAUUAAAAGGAGUUAAGUCAAGAGCUAAAUUAUAUUGAAAAAAUAAAUUGACACCUAGAAUAUUCUUCUAGGCCACAUAUAUCGCCGUUGAAAUCGCUUGACAGCUACAUCGUUGUUUGAAGUAUUUCAUCAAUAAUUUAAUUGUUUACAUUGUUACCAGAAUCAUGAGAGGACGAGGUAGAGGACGUGGUCGUGGCGGACGGGGAGGUGGCAGAGGACGCUCCAGAGGUCGAGGUGGGUAUAGGGCUGCUAGGUCAACUUCCAAGGACAAAACAGAGGAGGGUCCAAAACAGGAGUUAGACGUUGAUAAGAAUGUCACGUCAUACUUUGUUGGCAGUGUGUCCACUGACGAGCACUUUGAAGCCCAGAGUAAAAACAGAGACAGAUAUGCGGCAGCAAUGGCCGUGCUACAGAAGAAUGGGGUGGACAUUGCUCAAAAUGCUAGAAUCCGAGCACUAGCUGCUGCCUGGGCAAGGCACGAUUACAGUCUGGCAGAGGCUUUCCUGCAGGCUAGAACCAGGUUUGGACUACUGGAGGUUCUAAAGGCGGUCACACUGCUUGACUCUGGCAGGCAGGUACGAGUUCUGGAAAAGAAGCUGAAACGCCUGCAGACAUCUGCUGGGAAGGCGAAACCUCACACACUAGGCAAACUGAAGUCAGACAUUGAUAACCUCAACACGAACAAACCACUGAAUGGCACAGCAAGUGGAGCUGUGUGUAAGCACAUCAGGCGGUGGGUGAAGAGGUUUACAGCGGAGGAGCUCGAGUUCUAUGCCAUUCACUUCCCCAAGGACCCAUGGAAGAAACUAGCUGACAUUGUCCAUUUCCAUCCAAAAGAGGACUUUACAUCCAUGGACUGGUUCUUGCCAUACUGCUUUGGAGGUGCCGCACCGGAGGGAUCCAUGGUGGAGAGAUGUCAGGCCCUUGUAGCAAAGAACUCCACCGACACUGACAUGGAUAUCAAUGCGCUAAUCAAGGAGUUUCCUAUUCCCUACACGGUGGUUAAACCUCAUCUCUCUAAGCUUACAGAUGACUCAAAGGCCAGGAUCGCAUCGUGUGAGAAGAAGCUUGAUACCCUUCUGUGGUGGUAUGAGGAUCUCAAAUGUGCAGCUGUUGAUGAGAUUAUUCUGAAGCGUGUUGAGGGCGGGGAGGAGAUCAACCUACCCAAUGGGAAACUGCUGGAGAGACUAUUGUACUUGAAGAUGCUUCGGGAGAACAUAUCAAACCAGCGCUGUUACUAUGGUUCAGAUCCCGCACCCGAGAAGAGGACAGCUGAUGAGACAAUAGCCCCAUUCUUCAAGUACCUCAUUCCACCAUGCCAGAAGAAAGUGGAUGCUAUCAGCCUCUCCCUGGAGACCCCCAUUGUGGUUAUUGGGGAUGCGUCCGGGUCAAUGGAGGUGGCCAUCCGGACUAGCUCGAUCAUUGCAGGACUGCUAAGUGCCAUCUGUCAGGCCAAGCUUGUAUUUUUCAAUACAGAGAACAGACACGCCCCCUAUGUUCCCAAGAAUAUUGAAGAGGUUUUGCAGCUUGCAGUAGACACAAGGGCGGGUGGAGGUACAACGCCCGCAGCCAGCCUCUGGCCCUUCUACAAUGAGAAGGAGGUUGUUAAGACGUUCAUCAUUGUCACAGAUGAAGAGGAGAAUGGAAAGUGCCAUGACAUGUAUUUUGAUGAGAUGUUCCAGAAGUACCAUGACGAGGUUUUCCCCGCGAAAAUUGUCUUUGUCUCAUUCUUCUAUAACCAGACUAAUCGCGGACACAUGUUGCCUAAAUUGGAGACCCGGGGGUUCAAACCCAUGAGGUUUGUGUUUGACACAAGCAGGCCGGACCUGACGAAGCUUGAUAAACUGUUUGGAAUGCUAGCAUCUGGGUCCUCAGGGUUCAAUAAUGAGAUUGAUGAGAUGGAGGCUGUUAUUAAACAAGAUGGACUAACAAAGGCGUUUGAAAGAAUGGAGAUAGAGGGAAACAUGAACUGACAUUCUAGCAGAGAUUAUUUGUUUAACUUAGGCCCCCAAAACAUGUUUCCUAUUUCACUGUCCCCCAAAAUACAUGGAAUAUAUAUAAAAAGAAAAAGUCUGUGAGUUUUAUCUGAAUACCAUUGUAACACUUCAAACUUGUGCCAUUUGGUCUGAAUAAACGCUAAUUACGAAUGCUCUUUUAAAGCAAUACAUUAACGCCAGUAACUACUGAUUAAUUAUUACUAAAAGAAGAACAAAUUAACAAGCAGAUAAUCAAAAUACAAUAUAGGGUUAGAUGGAAAAAGGUAGGUCUGGAAGCCAGAAACAUUUUUGAUACCCAUUAUUUUAACUUUUAACUUUUUAUGUCAUUGUAAAACUUGGUGUGUAAUACUCAAUUGUGACAUGUUUUCUUUUGUUCUAUUUUUAUGCCUAUUGAUAUGAAGCAUUUUAUCCAAUUUUAGUACUUGAAUUUUUUCAAUUUAUUUUAGUAUGAUAAUAUUGUGAGAUUUUGUCCAUUGUGUAAUUAAGGUAUUUUAUUUUUUCAUGUUACAGGUUAAGUUUAAUAUACAUAUGUAUAUAUUUGUGUACAUGAAGCUGUCUGUGAUAUUUGUGUAAAUGAAGCUGUCUGUGAUAUGUUUUUAUAUGUGAACAUUAUUUAAGAAAUCUAACACACCACUGAGGGUCAUAUGACAUUAUAAGGACCGGCCAGUCAGCCACCAAAAGUGUAUAUCGAGGGGUGAA